AUGGCAUCAUUCAACGAAGAGAUGGAAUCUACAAAAAACAAGAUAACAGCUGCCGGAACCAAAAUUAAAAUUACAAAGAAGCCGAAGCAGCCGCAAAAAACAGGAACGAGGAGCCAGGCAAAGAAUGCCGAGACCAAUGAUAGCGACGGACAACAAAAAGGUACACAAGGAACAGCAGAGACCCAAGAAAAAACGCAAGGAACGUCAACGUCAAUCACGGCAGAAGCAUCAACGUCGAAUGCCAACGUAAACCAAGGAGAAGAGGAAGAGGAGGCGAGAGAUGACAAGGAGUUGGGGAGUAGCGCUACAAAGAGGAAGGAGGAGAGAGAAGGGAGCACAUCAGAGGAUGACGGCGUCGAAAGGGAUCCAACGGAUCCACAGCAGCCCCAACGCGGGGGAGGAAAUCGGGAAAGGAACGAGGAAGUGUACCAGUCACACAAAAAAAAUGAGGCCGGAGUGGGCUAUACCGCUACCAAAAAGAACGGGGAAAGACAACGAUUAAAUCAGUUGCAAACCCAAAAGAAAAAUACCCUGUGGGAAAAGAUCAAAUAUACAUACAAUCAAAGCAAACAAAGAGUUGUUCAAUCCAAUAUCCCACUAACCCACUCUAUUAAGAGGGGGAAAAAGAAAGACGAGAGCGAGCAAUCGAGGAAGUCCAAAUGGAUGAGGAGAACAGAAAACGAGUAUUAUUUCGGCGACGCCCAACGAGCAGACGAGAUGCUGAGGGCGUUCAACGCAGUGUACGGGGGAGAUCACCCAACACAAGACGACAGAGACAGAGUCACCAACAACCCGAUGAACGUGGCAAAGGACCCGGAAGGUGUCGUACGUGAGGAGCAUCAACAAGAGAACCGCCGCCCGCGGACCGAGUCUUUAGUGGCAGGCAGCGAUAGCGCCAGUGAUAGCGGAAGCGAGGCGGAAGCUAGACCUGUGAAGAAAGUGGAGGUGGAGAAGUCAGAGAGAGUAGUCUUGAGGAAAGACAAAAAGCCGAUAGAGAAGGCAAGCGAGAGCAGCGAGGAUGAAGGCUCAGUCCAUUUCCGUGUUGAAGCUGGAGCAGGACCGUCCUACAACGCCGGAAGAUCAAUGGGUUAUCAGGGUAACAACUGGGUUCCGAACUACAACGCGAAAAGGGCGAAGGGAUUCUGGAAUUCCGGACAGAGGACUGAUCCGAUCCAAGUUUUCGAAGGCGGCGCAAGCGGGAAAGGAAAGGGAGUCGGAGCCUGGAAUGCAAAGGGGAAAGCGUCAGGAGGCGAGAACAGAAACACAGAAGAGCAGACUAAGCAGUAA